UAUCUGCUACCUGUGCCAUGCCAGACCCCGUACCUAACACCAUAACAACCUUGUCGAACCAAACGCUCGAUACAGGUUCUUAUUUCACAUGGGAAUGCAGUGAUGGAUACAUGAUGGAUGGCCUGACAAGUACUGUUGUUUGGGUUUGCUUACAGGAUGGAUCUUGGCUGGGUCAUACACCCCAUAUGCACGGCCAUUAAGUGUCCGUCGCCUCCCGUAGCUGCCUAUUCAAGGCUCGAUCCUCUAUUGGCUGAAGAUCCCGUGGUAAACCAGACGAUUACAUAUACAUGCAGCAGCAGUGAAUACACUCUGCUUGGAAGUAACUUGAAUAGAUGUCUACAAGAUGGCACAUGGGAGAAUGACCCUCCCGUCUGUCAAAGAAAGUGUGAUCCGGCCGAUACUAGACGUUACACUAAUCUCACCUGCUUUCGUACAAGUGACACACGGAGAACGUGGGAAGCAUCAUUUAACUUCUGCUAUGAUGAUAAGGGGGAGUUACUUGUCACAGUGAAAGAUGUUGACAUGCAGAACUUUAUUGCCCAAUUAACCGGAGAAAACCUUGACAAUAACGUCUGGAUCGGUGCAAGGGAAGGUCUAGACUGGAAAUGGAGACAAAAUGACACAUACAUCGAUCGCUUCUUUUGGGAGAUAGCAUACCCUGAUUCAAGCUCGGGAGAUUGCAUCGAAAUAUCAUAUCAGAGUAAUUCAGGUGAAUUUGCAUGGAGUCCUAGGUCACCAGGAGACGAGAUUGGUGUGCUAUGCCAAUAUAAUCGAACUUGUCACAGUGUCGGACUCAGCCAAUCCAACAUGGUACUAGAAUACAUGGGCACCUGUUUCCAAUUCCUGGAUGUUUCGAAGAACUGUGAUGACGGGGCCGAAGAGUGUAAUGGGAGAGGAGGAUUUCUGGCUGAAAUACUCGAUGAGAGCACUAAUGCUUUAUUGCUGGACCGAGCCCUGCAUCUGAGAGACAUAGGCGUAAACACGGCAUGGUGGAUCGGCGGUUAUGACGAAGACGUAGGACGGUCCUGGUAUUGGUCUGAUAAAACUCGAAUGAACUAUGAGGGAUGGUACGAGGGCGAACCUAAUACGAAUUCCGAGACUGCGUAGAAUGAGAAGGGUUGUUCAGUACCGAUGGAAUGACGUACCUUGUUCAGACCUUACGCGGACUCUAUGCCAAAUUGGUGAGAAAAUGUGAAAUAUACUUUUUGAAUAUCUGUUAUAGGGUCAUGGGGUUGUACAAACAUACAAAUGACUAUGUAAGGCGGCUUUUUUGAACAAAUGACAAGAAUUAUAGCUGAGGUGAUUGACAAUAUUUGAGCGAUCAAAGUAUUGUAUAUUGUUUAAGAGUAGAUGAUAUCAUCAUGUACAUUAUUUACGUGAAUGAAGGAAUGGAUAGAAUAUUACGGAUAAAUUAAUUAUCAGAAUAGAUGUUUCAGUGAUAAGUAUAAGAUUGUGUCUUAUAUAUGUUCAAGGAAUUCCUGCCUGUGGUGACCCAGGUGAACCUUUGCGUGGUUAUCGUUUACCGAAUGAUAGAACAACUUACUCUGUCGAUGCUAUUCUUCAUUUCACCUGUCAGGAGGGCUAUACACUAUCUGGAGAAAGCAUUUUAAGGUGUAUGAAUUAUGGAGCAUGGAAUCAUCAAAGACCA